AUGCCACCAAAGAAAAUUUUGUGUUUAUUCGACAUGGACGGCACCCUCACAAAACCCCGCCAAGCAAUCGACCCCGAAUUCGACGAAUUCAUCCAAACCAAAAUCAAGCCCUUGUGCACCCUCGGCCUGGUCGGGGGCUCCGAUUUCAAGAAAAUCGCCGAGCAAAUGAACGGCGAGGACGUCAUUUUCAGAUUCGACUACGUCUUCCCGGAAAAUGGGCUCGUGCAGUAUAAAUUCGGGAAGGAGGUUGGGCGGCAAAGCAUCCAGAAGUUCAUGGGUGAGGAUAAGCUUCAAAUGUUCAUAAACUACGUCCUGAGCUACUUAUCGACGGUGGUCCUGCCGGUCAAACGGGGCAACUUUGUCGAGUUCAGGGCCGGGAUGCUCAAUAUCUCGCCAGUCGGGCGCUCCUGCUCCCAGGAAGAGCGCGAAAGUUUCGAGAAAUAUGAUAAGGAGUUUUGCAUAAGACAGACGAUGAUUGAGGCCCUCAGGAAGAAAUUCCCCGAUAUAGGGCUCACGUACGCAAUCGGGGGGCAAAUCAGCUUCGACGCCUUCCCUAAAGGGUGGGACAAGACGUACUGCCUGCGCCACGUCCAAAGCGAGGGCUUUGACGAGAUUCACUUCUUUGGGGACAAGACGGACGAAGGGGGCAACGACUACGAAAUCUACAAUGACCCGAGAGUCAUAGGCCACAAGGUCUCAGACCCGGAUGAUACAAGAAAGCAACUUGAAAAAUUAUUUGAUCUUUAAUUUUUUUUUUAAUCAUUCGCCAAUAUAAUUCGGUUUUCGCUUCUCCUUGAA